AUGGGGAACUCUUGUGUUGGUCCUAGCAUUUCAAAGAAUGGUAUUAUUCAAUCGUUUUCGGCUGCGAUUUGGCGUACUCACUUACCUGAACCUGAAGGAUCAGUGGCGAAUAGAGGUUCUGUAAAUGAUGUAGCAACUGAUAAUGAACCCGAAUCUCCGUUGCGUGUCCAAAACAAACCUCCUGAGCAGAUAACUAUACCGAACACCGAAUCCGAAAAGGAACCUGAAAAGGAAAAGAAGAAAGAAAGGAAACCUUCUGUGAAGAGAAGUUCUAGUGCUGGACUUCGUGUUGAUUCCGUGUUGCAGAGAGAAACUGGUAAUUUCAAGGACUUUUUUAGUCUAGGGAAAAAACUCGGACAAGGUCAGUUUGGGGUGACAUUCUUGUGUAUUGAGAAAGAAACCGGGCGGCAGUAUGCUUGUAAAUCUAUUGCCAAGAGGAAGCUUGUGACCGAUGAUGAUGUUGAGGAUGUGAGAAGGGAAAUUCAGAUAAUGCACCAUUUGGCUGGACAUCGUAAUGUUAUAUCCAUCAAAGGUGCUUAUGAGGAUGCAGUGGCUGUUCAUGUUGUCAUGGAAUUGUGUGCAGGUGGUGAGCUUUUUGAUCGGAUUAUUCAGCGUGGACAUUAUACCGAAAGAAAGGCUGCUGAACUUAUCAGGACUAUUGUUGGGGUUGUUGAAGCUUGUCAUUCUCUUGGUGUCAUGCAUAGAGACCUUAAACCUGAGAAUUUUCUAUUCGUCAAUCAGCAAGAAGAUUCGCUACUCAAAACUAUUGACUUUGGAUUGUCCGUGUUCUUUAAGCCAGGUGAUACAUUUAUCGAUGUGGUUGGUAGUCCAUAUUAUGUUGCCCCAGAAGUUUUGAAAAAACGUUACGGUCCUGAAGCAGAUGUUUGGAGUGCUGGUGUUAUCCUUUACAUUCUUUUGAGUGGAGUACCUCCAUUUUGGGCUGAAAAUGAACAAGGCAUAUUCGAACAGGUUUUGCACGGUGAUCUUGACUUCGCUUCAGAUCCAUGGCCUGCAAUUUCUGAAAGUGCAAAAGAUUUAGUAAGGAAAAUGCUUGUUCGUGACCCUAGAAGACGGAUGACUGCGUAUCAAGUAUUAUGUCAUCCUUGGGUUCAAGUUGAUGGUGUAGCUCCUGACAAACCACUUGAUUCCGCCGUAUUAAGUCGCUUGAAGCAAUUUUCUGCUAUGAACAAGCUUAAGAAAAUGGCUCUUAUAGUCAUUGCAGAGAGCUUAUCAGAAGAAGAAUUAGCUGGCUUAAAAGAAAUGUUCAAGAUGUUAGACACAGAUAACAGCGGUCAAAUUACUUUUGAAGAACUUAAAGUCGGUUUGAAAAAAGUUGGUGCAAAUCUUAAGGAGUCUGAAAUUUAUGAUUUAAUGCAAGCGGCUGAUAUAGAUAACAGUGGAACGAUUGAUUACGGUGAGUUCAUUGCGGCAACAUUGCAUCUUAACAAAGUUGAAAGAGAAGAUCAUCUAUUUGCAGCUUUUUCUUACUUUGAUAAAGAUGGAAGUGGCUAUAUUACUCAAGAAGAACUUCAACAAGCGUGUGACGAGUUUGGCAUAAAAGAUGUUGGGUUGGACGAGAUAAUCAAGGAAAUUGAUGAAGAUAAUGACGGGCGCAUAGAUUAUAACGAGUUUGUGGCUAUGAUGCAGAAAGGAAAUGUUCCCAUGGUUGGUAAGAAAGGCCUUGAAAAUAACUUCAGCAUUCGUUUCAAGGAAGCAUUAAAAUUGUAG